CUCUGCUGUUGAGCUAUCGGUUGCAUAUCCGCUGACUUUCGGCGUGGUAACGAGCUACGUUCAUUAACAAAGGGGCGACCUAUUAUUUAUUAAUUAACAAUUGUAUCGUUUAUCUAUAAAAAUGAGCACCCUUAACGUGAAGAAGCUCAAAGUUAACGAGCUGAAGGACGAGCUAAAGAAGCGGAAUCUGUCGGAUAAGGGGCUGAAGGCCGAGCUGAUGGAUCGCCUGCAGGCCGCGUUGGACGAAGAGGCCCUCGCCGGAGACUCCUCGGCGGCUCAGGAAGGUUCGGGCGAUGAUGGGUUCGAACAGUCGGUGGAACAAGAGUGUAUAGGAGAGGGAGAGGGCAUGGGAGAAGAAGAAGAAGGCGAGGGUCCGGUAGAGGAGAGCAUGGAGGCAAACCAGGAGGAAGCGGAGAAUGAAGGCGACGGCAACGGCGUCGCCGAGGACGAAGAGAUGGGUGAGGGGGAAGACGGAGGGGAAGAAGACGACGAAAUGGAUCCCAUGCUCAAGGCUGAUGUAGACGAUAUGGAAAAAAUCGAAGACGGUGAGCCCGGAGACAACGCCGCAGAGGGGGAUGCGGACAAAGACACGAAUGCUGAUCAGAAGAAUAAGAAGGGUGUUAAGAGACGCCGGGAGGAACAUGGAAGGGGCUACUUUGAAUUUAUUGAAGAGAACAAAUACAGCUGCGCCUCUUUUAAGUCUCCUGUACCCCCCUUGGAGGAAGAAGAUGAAGAGUGUGAUGAGACGAAAGUCUGCCUGGAUACCUGUAGGUUUUUCUUUUUUUUACCUCAUUGCCCAAAACAUAAAAUUUAACUGUUUAUGGAGUGGCGUAGAAAUCAGUUUGUUGAAGCCGUUUUUCUCAUCCGAUUCCAGCUGACAGAGAAGAUUUCAGUGAAGCACAUCUCCAGCAAGAACCUAGAGAUUAAUGAUGUUCAGGUUGGAUGGUCCCUGUCUACUGGUACUCUGCUUCUGGGUGAGGAGGAGUUCUCUUACGGAUACUCCUGCAAAGGGAAGAAGACCACCAACUGUGUGACAGAAGACUUUGGUGAAACGUACGAGGAGAACGACGUCAUCUGCUGCCUCAUUGACUUUGAGGGUGAGGAGGUCGUUAUCUCCUUUGCCAAGAAUGGUGGAGAACCAGCUGUUGCCUUCAGGGUCCUCAAAGACUGUCUGAAUGGCCAGGCUCUCUUCCCACAUGUCAUCUGUCGCAACUGUGCUGUGGAGUUUAACUUUGGCCAGAUGGAGACUCCGUACUUCCCCCAGCCUGAGGGCUACACCUUCCUGCAGCAAAUCCCUGUUGAUGAGCGAGUGCGGGGCCUGAAGGGCCCCCAGACUAAGGCUGACUGUGAGAUCAUUGUGAUGGUUGGCCUGCCGGGCUCAGGGAAAACUACCUGGGUGAAGAACCAGGUUGAGCAGAACCCUGGGAAAUACUACAUCCUGAGCAGCGACACCAUUGUGGAUAAGAUGAUGAUUAACAGUUUGAAACGCCAGUCCAAGGAUAUCACCAAGCUGAGCGCCAUUUCCCAAAGAGCUCCACUUUUCUUGGGAAAAUUCAUUGAGAUCGCCGCUCGCAAGAAGAGGAACUACAUUCUGGAUCAUACUAACCUAUCUGCACCCGGCCAGAAGAGGAAGAUGUGUUUGUUUGCCGGGUUCCAGCGUAAGGCUGUGGUGGUCUUCCCUUCAGACGAGGAGUACAAGAAACGAGUCCAGAAGAAGGUGGAGAGUGACGGCAAGGAAGUUCCGGAGCACGCUUUGCUCAAAAUGAAAGGCUUCUACGCCCUGCCUGAGGAAGGAGAAAGCUUCAGCGAGGUCACGUAUGCCGAGCUGCCCAAGGAGGACGCCGCCAAGCUGCUGGAGCAGUACAAGGAGGAGAGCAAGACGGCCCUGCCUGCUGAGAAGAAGCCCAACCAAGGCAGCAGCACCCCUAAGAGAGGCGGUAAUCAAAGCGGGUCUCGUGGAGGCGGAGCUCGUGGCGGCGGCCGGGGAGGCAAGAAUCAGUUUGGACGCAGUGGACAGGGACAGAGGGGUGGCGGUCGUGGAAACUUCCAGAACAGAGGCAACUUCAGAGGAGGUCCCGGCCCGCGCGGCGUCUUCAGCGGUUUCCCCCGUGGCUGUAUACCUCCACCAAUCUUCAGGGGAGGGGUCCCCCGGCCUGGGUUUAGGCGGGGCGGCGGUGGUCCACUCCCCAGCCUGGCCGGAGCCCCAAGAGGUGGACCGAUGAGGGGAAACAUGGGACCCCGAGGAGGACCCAUGAGCAGAGGCGGUCCGAUGAACAGAGGCGGCCAAAUGGGCAGAGGGGGUCAGAUGAACAGAGGAGGCGGAGGCAACAUGAACCGCAACGCCAACAGGGGACCUCCCGCCCACUUCCAGCAGAGAGGCGGAGGAGGCCGUGGAAACUUUGGCCAGAAAAACAGCAACUUUGGCAACAGGAACAGCGGCAACUUUGGCAACAGGAACGGCAUGGACAAGGCCCAAGCCUUCAACCAGAGCUGGCAGCAAGGGUUCUGGAACCAGAAGCCUUGGAGCCAGCAGUAUCAGCCUGGAUAUUACUGAGACACUUGGUUCUUAUGGACUGGUGGCUGACACUGAGGACCCACCACUAGCCACGGAACAUCCCUCCGCCCUGCUGUUUGAGUUUGCUUCCCUAGAACCCACUUUUAACCUUCAACAACCCGCUGACUUACAAGCAAGAGCCCAAGCAUCCGGAGCGAGAACAUUCCAUCCGAGGAGAGCAGGAAACACCAACAUAAUCAGAGCUUUUAUAGAGUCCGUCUAUUUACAUUGUGGGUUCAGUCUCUUUCAGAUACUGUUUAGAUUUUUUUUUUUUUCUUCUCCCAGCCACUUUUUAAAUGACAUGCUUUUAAAAAAAAAAAAAGUUUGUAAAAUCAGGAACCGUAUAAGUGGGGAAAUUUAGGCUUUUUUAUUUUUAUUUCUUUCCUGUUCAGGGUUGUGCAUUUUAUCUGUGCUGUGAUUUUUGAUUUGCUUUUUUUUAUUACAAAUUGUAAAUACAUUUUUUUCUUUGUGUAGUUUGUCAUACAUUUAAAAAGUGAUUGAAAUGAACCUUCUUUAAAGAAAGCAGGACAGAUUAUAUCAGACUGUACAUGUCAAUGCUCUAAUGUUAAACAGUUCAAAAGAGACGACAGAUAAAUGAUUUUUUUUUUCUUUUGUUUUUGUUCCCACCAUCAUACUUGUAAGAAAAUAGACCUACAAUAAAACGACUUGUUUGCUUUUGUUUUAUACAUUCAUCCUGACUUAUGGCUUUCAUUUAAUUCAAAGGUGUGUAAACAACCUUUGAAACAAACCGCACUUCAACUCCUCCUUUAGAGAAAUGAUUUGUAAAUAGUUUCCAGAAAAUAAUUCAGCUUGGAUAUUUCAGGAUAAAGUAAAGCCAUUUGUUAAUCCAUUAAAUAACCUUUUAUUUUUUUUUGUUCACUUAAUCCACUCCAUUCUCAGGGUCUUUAUUUUAAUUUCUAUCAGCUGCUCCUUAACUGCAGUAGUCUUUAGAAAUAGUGAGCGCUGAAGCACAAUUAAUCCUAAUUUCCUCUGAACAAAAAAAAUACGUUCUCAGAUUCACCAGCAAACGUAAAGGGCUACAUGGCAUCGCUGACCCUUCAGGAGCAUUUAGUCCGACUUCUGUAGAAGCAGGCUUAGAUUCUGGAGGGUCAUGUUGGUGAUUGUGGCCCGGCAGUAAGGGCAGCUCAUACCGCCUCCUUACUCCCGAUGUAUCUUCCUCUACUUCAUCCAGGUGCAGUUAGGGAAUUCUGUCCAUAACGCCUGGCUAUCACGGCUGUUUUUAUUUCCUCUGCUGUUUAUUUGGUCGUGCAUGAAUGUUAAACACUGUAAUACACAAACUGAAGGUUGUCGACUGAUGGCUGAAUGUCUGGGGAGGUUUGCACCGAGGGUACAAACAUGGAGCAGAAUGCGACGGCGUGCUGUCGAACACAAACUGUUUUUAUUGCUGGUGUUCAAUCAGGUCUUAACGUUCAACCUACACUUUGGGAACUUUUCAGAUGUGUUCGUUUUUACAUCUAGGUUGUAUUUUUAGUCAUAAAUUGUGUUUUUAUUUUUAACUUUUAUGGAAAAAGUUAACAGAAUAAACUGACUUGGUUCAACCAGCCUACCUGUGAAGAGCGUUUAUGAGCGGUUUCUGU